AGGAGUACAAAACAAGUCGACCUCGAAAAAUAUGCCUGAUCACUUGAGUUCGACGGGCGGUUGUACACAAGCUCUGUUCUUCUGAGUAGCAAUUACUUUCGGAUACUUAUUUCUGCACAGAGCAUAUGAAAAGAACAUCCAGUGAGUCAGAGACAGAGAAACCAUCGACCUCGGUCGCCUCGGGAAGACCAGACGAAGUUCAUACUUCAAAGAUGGCACACGAAAAAGCAACAAAACGUGUUGGAAAGAGACCUGGCCGAAAGCCGUCAAAGAUUGACGUGAAAGCCAAGCUUGAGCGAAGUCGGCAAAGCGCUAGAGAAUGCCGCGCGAGGAAAAAACUUCGGUACCAGUACCUCGAAGAGCUGGUCAGCCGACGAGAAAAAACAGUUUUCUCACUGCGUGAGGAGCUAGAGAGGUACAUGGAAUGGUGCAAACAGCUAGACGCUGGCAUCCUACCCCAGCAGCUUGUCAAGCACGUUGUAGCGGGAGAAUCGAGUCAAGCAGAGGGACCCCUCAGCAUGCAGAGGCAGCAGCAACAGCACCACGGAAUAGAGGAAAAUCUGCAGAGUAACUUCCCUACCAUCCACCAUCAGUUCUUCUGACUGUCAGCAGCAGCAGCAGCAGCAGCAGCUCAUCAGAGACAUCAGAUGCAUCCCCACAUUCUGUGUACCAUAGUGACAGGUACUCUAACCUGUCUACCGUCACAGGAGGAUUUUCACCGUCGAGUAGCUACACACUAACGUCACCUUCAAGGCUGUUACCAUCGUCUCCUGCUAGAAUGUCUCUACCUUCAUCGGAUUAUUCUUUGUCUCACCCUUCCACUACAAUUUCACCUUUAAAGACUGAUUCUAGGCUUGCCUUCCACACCUCUACAGUUCCUCAUUCUGCUUCAGGAGAAAGAGGCCAUUAUCAGACACCAUUUCUUUGCCAAAAGGCAGGCAGUCAAGAGCAGAAUGCUUCACUAAUGUCAGAAAUGAGUGGAAUUCAACGAGCCUCAAACUGGAUACUAACUUCAAUGAAUAGUCAGACAGCUGGAGGACAGCCUGCAUCGUCUCAGAGGAGUUUGUCCUCUACUAACAUUCACGGACUUUCAUCUAUUGGGAGUGCCACACAGGAUGUGUCUAGUCUGCCAAAAACACUGUCUCUGCACCAUUCACCUGGAUCUUUUUUGCCAGGUUUCUCACGACUUAUGGGACAGCCACUCAAAUUGUCAGGCAACAACUCUCAGGCUCCUGGACCUUCAGAAACCCAGCAUAGUGUACCAGAAUUUUCCAGCAGUCGAGUGAGUGAUCAGAGUGGACUUAUUUUACCUGCUUCUAAGGCAGGUCCAUCAGGAGAACCCAUAGCAAAAUUUGAAGGUAGAGAAUCUAUUCCGAUGUUGGAUACAGUGUCUCGUCCUGCUUUCUUGGACAGCGUCCAGACAUGCAUGUCACUGCCAGUUAUCUCGCAUGAUUCAUUUUCCAUGGGCACGGAACUGACAGCCAGCAUUUCUGAGCCCAUUCCUCACUGGUACUCAUUUCUAGACAAUCUUGAAAGCGCAACAAUGUCCUCUCGCCAGGGUGUGCUUUCAGGUUCAGGCACACCUUCCAGCUCGGUCAGUCGAUCUAGCAAUGCAACACCAAACAGAACUGGAACACCAACUUACACAUGCUCCCCUGCACCAUUGACUUCUCAUACAUUACAGCAAGAGGAGACAAUUAAUUUAGAGGCCAAUAUCCCUACAGUAAUCAGUGAGCUCAUGAGGCAUAGUUCACCUUGAUGAUGUUGACUUGAAUCUUUAUAGUUUGUUUAUGCUUCAUGUUCAGCCAAUAAUGGCUUUUUCACACUGCCUCUUGAGGACUUUGCUUACAUUAUGAACCAAACUGGUAAUGCUGGGGUCUUUGAGUUCAAUUUUUAAAUGUGUCUCUUGGGAUUAUCUCCAUUGACUGAGCAAAAGGUAUUGCCACAAGUUUUUGUAAAACUGUUAUUGAUCUUUUGACUGGCCAGUUCUACGCAAAUGUGAGAAAGUCAGACCUUUGUUAUAAGUUCUUCAGUAGUAGUGCAGCAGGAUGUUCACAGAUUGGACUGGUAAACAGUUCCUUCAGCUGCAAAACGAUGUACACAGUAGCUCAAGACUUUCUAUUUGAAAUCCAUUUGAAAACUUUGGACAGUUGACUGUUCCCACAGUAAUAUUUUGUAAUUUGGAGGCCUUGAAAAUCCAGCUUGGUGUGUGUGUACUUUAAUGACAAUAUCAGUUAAGUAAUAUAUAAAUUAAAAUUGUUGCUAUUCAGGCUUCAUGUUGACAUGAUAAUUUCUUCGCAAUGUUGCACGUAAACUAAAUCAAGAUGUGUUCAAUUUAUUGACUGUUUAUUAUUCAUAAUUUGGAAACUUUUUUCCUUGUUUGUUGCAUUUCUUACAUUUUGCUGCUGGUCAGCUUAAAAAAUAAUCCUUUUUGUUUUAUAAAAACUUUACCAGACUUAAUUUUAUACAAAAGCUGCAUCGUUUAUUUUGAGGAACAUUUUGGAUUAAUGGAAAGCGGGUAUAAAAAUAUACUUAUAGACUCUGAUAGGUUAAAUAAUAUAAAUCUGUAUUAAGUUUGUCAUGGAAUGCAUAAAUUUAAGGGAAAAAACCUACUUUGGCCAAAUAUAUAUGGUUUGAUUUUAAAAUUCUAAAUUGCAUGAUGUUACAACACAUCCAAUAGUCAGUGUAAAGGCAUCAAAAAAUUAUUUCAGUAAGCACUAUUUCAACAUAGAACUGGGGUCUUGACCCCUUUACAAAAAGGUAAAAAUGUUGACGAUAAAGAAAAAUUUUAUGAAAUAGUUAUUUCUAAUGGAAGGACAAAGAAAUGGAUAUUCACACUCAGGUUAGUCAAUGAGAUAAAUUCUUGUCAUCUUCAGCAGAAAUGUGGCCUUUUUAUUGGAGUGCAUUUCUUGCCUUAUUAUAUACAGUUACAUUUAAAAGUGCAUUUAUUGUUCCCUUUUGGAGUUUAAAAAAUUUGAUUAGAUGAACAGUUUGCUGAUAUUGACUUUUAUAUGUCAGAUAAUAUACUUUGUCAGAUGACUUUCUUUUGUCAGCUCAAGGUGCAGGCACUUUAGCUGCUGUCACAGAUAGUACAUACAUUGUGAACUAGUUCUUAGCUUAUCUUUUGGUUAUAUUUUUAAAUAAAGUGGUUUUGAGGGGAGAGAACAGUUUCAAAUGGUAGUUGCAGCUGCUGACGACCCUGUAUAAUGACCAUGAUGUAGACACUGUAUUCUAGAUUUUCAUGUAUCAUAACUUGUAUGAUAAAAGUAAAGACUUGUGCUUUUUUUUAAAACUGUACAUUUUUAUUAGAACAAGAAUUUCUUUUUUGUCUUGUGUGGGAUGCUAUGAGGGUAUUGCAUAUUUUUAGACACCCUAGCAAGAAAUGUUCUCCAUGUUGCAUUUUCUGAAAUCAGUCUUCACUCCCUUACACUUAAAUUGCUAAAUAGAGAUUACAUAUAUAUAUGCAUGUAUUUUUAAAACUUUUGAGAUUAUCUGUGUUUGUUUGUCUAAAGCACUAGUAAGAAUAGCUUCUUGUGUGACAUUUUCCACUCAUUUAUUUUAGAGUGCUUCCAUUUUUGUCUUCCUUGUAACAAGAGAGUGAAACAGUACUCGGUACUAUGUACAGUUUUUAGGCAUGUCUUGCAAAGGAAAAGACUUUAUAGACAGCCUUACUCUAAAGAAAACCAUGUUUACAAAUCAACAUUCCUGUUCAGGUGCAUUCAUUUUGGAUACAAUUCACACAAUAUGCUUGGACAAAAUACUCUGUUCAUUUUGUAUACUUUUUUCUUGCAAAGAACCGACUGGUAACAAUGGCAGACAUGCUCCAACAAUUUUUUUGGCCAUGUUUAUUCUAUCAAAACUUUGUUAAUGCAGCAGCAAUCUCAAGUUUUUAUCUCAUGUUCUACAAAAGUUUUUACCUUUCAAGCAACUAAUUGUUUACUUGUGUUGGCAUGAAUUACCUUGUUGGCUAGUCACAGUAAAUAAAGUGCUAUAUUUUUUUGUUACUAAUGGCGUUGGUUCUAUGUUUCACAAGUCCUUGGGUGUAUCACACAAACUGGAUGGGUACAUGUGGGUGCACAUACACUUGUGCACUCUUGGUUUGAGUUGUCCCUAUGUCUACGAAGAUUCUGAUUGCCUGGUUGAUCACUAAUUAUGGUUUAUUGUAAUUUAUAUAGCUGUCUAUGUUUUUGCAUGCUUCAUUCAUUCAGCCACGAUAUUACACUGACAUCACAGGUUGGGGCUAUCCACCCUUGCUUGCAUGCUUGCUUUGCUUUUUUGCUUUUGCUUUUGAAAUCUGUAAUCAUGAUUUUGGAAUGUAUUGUAAAAAGAUUCAUUCACUUGAAGAUUAGUUCACUGUGCUACCAACCAUGCAAAGACAUUGAAGUUAUAUAAAAUUUCUCAUUUUAUUAUCUUUAUUAAUUAAGAUGCCAUAAUAUCUUUUACUAAUGUUACCUAGAGUAUUUCACUGGAAGAAUCAUCAAAAUGUUUAUUUUUAUUAUUAGUUUCAAACAGCUGACAUAUAACUCAUCCAUUUUCUUUAUUUUAAUCUCCUAUGUAUCAGAAGUACACUCAAUAUUAAUUUUUGUGUAUCCUGCUUACCCAAGUACGUUGUCCCUUGUUGCUGUUUUACAGUGGUAGGGUUAGUGCCAUCAGCUUUUCUAUUGUCUUUGAAUUUAUAGGAUUCAUCUACACAGAAAUAUAUUUUGAAACUAAUGUGUUUUGUCCAUAGAGCCAAAGUGGGUUUGGUCUGACUGGACAAAUGUUUUCCGGUGAUAGUUAACACAGUGAAGUGCGUAGCCCUAAGCUUGUCUAUUUAAAUGCUACAGAGAUAAUUUAAUCACACGUGUUAUUGCUGAACGAUGUUUCAAUCACAUGUUGCAAGAAAAUGGACAUACCACAAAGAAAAAGUUUAUUUCCAGGUUUUGGCUAGAAGUUGGUAGGUGAACUUUUCUGUAUUUGCUCACACACUCUCCCUCUGAAACACACACACACUUCUGUCCACAUGCUCAGAAGAUUCAGAGUUCAAUAAGUAUUAGUCUAAAGCUUUUCAAGAUUAUAUACGAUAAAAAAGAUGGUUAUAAAAUUUGUAUGAAGAGGUACCUAAAAUUCCUGCCUACAGCUACCAAAGAGAAAAGUAUCUUUCUCAUGCUCAGUAGGUUUACUUAAAAUGUCUGUACAUCAAUAAAAAUAUAAAUGUAUCUUUUAUAAUAAAGCAUUGUGUGAUUGUGUGUAUGUGGUAGUUGAAAAUUUA